AUGGAUCGGGUGCUGAAAGCGGCAAGAGCCUCUGGUUCUCUGAACCUCUCGAAUCGCUCCCUCAGAGAAGUUCCCGAUGAGGUUUACCGGAAUCUGGAGGGGCUUGGUGGCGACGAUAAGUGGUGGGAGGCUGUGGAGCUUCAGAAGCUCAUUUUGGCUCACAAUAGUAUCGAAUCGUUAAAGGAAGAUCUGAGAAAUUUAGCUUUUCUGGCUGUGUUGAAUCUUAGCCACAACAGUCUUUCUGAACUUCCCGCUGCUAUAGGAGAGCUACCUCAGUUGAAGUUGUUGGAUGUUUCAUUCAAUUCAAUACUUAGAAUACCGGAGGAAAUCGGAUUGGCUGCAUCGCUUGUUAAGCUUGAUUGUUCAAACAACCGGCUCAAGGAACUUCCAAGCUCUCUUGGCAGAUGCUUAGAAUUGUCAGACUUAAAGGGAUCAAACAAUCUUAUUGCAAGCUUGCCAGAAGAUUUAGCAAAUUGUUCCAAAUUGUCUAAGCUAGAUUUGGAGGGAAACAAGCUAACUGUGAUGCCUGAAAGUCUCAUUUCAUCAUGGACCAUGCUUACUGAAUUAAACGCAUCAAAAAAUUUGCUGAAUGGCAUACCAGUCAGCAUUGGAGGCCUUUCACGUUUAAUUCGUCUUGACCUCCAUCAGAACAGAAUCUCAUCAAUCCCUUCAUCAAUCAUCGGUUGUCAUUCACUUACGGAGUUUUAUUUGGGGAAUAACAAUAUUUCCACAGUACCAGGGGAGAUAGGGGCCCUUUCUCGACUAGGGACUUUCGAUCUUCAUUCCAACCAGCUGAAGGAAUUUCCAGUAGAGGCAUGCAAUUUGACUCUUUUAGUCUUGGAUCUUUCAAAUAAUUCAUUGAGUGGGUUACCCCCUGAAAUGGGCAAGAUGACUACCUUGAGGAAACUUCUGCUCAGUGGAAAUCCUUUGCGGACACUUCGAAGCUCAUUAGUAUCUGGACCUACGCCAGCAUUACUGAAAUUUCUCCAAAGUAGACUUUCUGAAGGUGAAGAUUCUGAAGCUAUAACAACCACAAAGGAGAACGUGAUUGCCAUGGCUACCCGAUUGUCUAUCACUUCAAAGGAACUUUCUAUGGAAGGGCUGGGAUUGACUGCUGUUCCAUCAGAAGUAUGGGAAUCAGCGGAGAUCAUAAAACUUAAUCUUUCCAAAAACUCCAUCCAGGAGUUGCCAACUGAACUUUCUUCCUGUGUUUCCCUCCAGACAUUGAUUUUAUCUAAGAAUCAAAUUAAAGACUGGCCAGGUUCGAUUCUUAAAUCACUUUCGAGUCUUUCAUGUUUGAAGCUGGACAACAAUCCCCUGCGACAGAUACCUUCAGAUGGUUUUGAAGCCGUGCCUAAGCUUCAGAUCCUGGAUCUAAGUGGUAAUCCAGCUUCAUUACGUGAUGGUCCUGCAUUUUCUAGUUUGCCAUACCUGCAAGAACUUUACCUGAGAAGAAUGCAGCUCGGGGAAAUUCCAUCAGAUAUAUUGGGGUUGCAUCAACUACGGAUUCUGGACUUGAGUCAGAAUUCCCUUCAAUCAAUUCCAGUGGGGUUAAGAAAUCUUACUUCUCUCAUGGAGCUUGACCUAUCGGAUAACAACAUCUCAGCCCUUCCAUCUGAGCUGGGUUUGCUGGAACCAAGCCUUCAGGCAUUGAGACUUGAUGGCAAUCCACUCAGAAGCAUUCGGAGGACUGUCUUGGACAAAGGAACUAAAGCUGUUCUGAAAUAUUUGAGGGACAAAUUGCCAGAGCACUAGCUAAUAUUUUUCAUUUACGGAAGUAUUAUCCUGGACAUGAACAACAAAAUUUAAAGUGUUCAUUUUUAUUUUAUUUUUUUGUGUCACAUUCUUUCAGUGACGCCUAGCUAAGUGUGCCUAGCUAAGUGUCCGCGUGCUUCAUUUUGUUCAUUUUUUUCCCGCAUAUGGCACUUCUGCUUUUAUUUGUGUUAUUUCAUGUAACU